ACCUGAACCAGGUAUGGCGCUGUUGCUGACUCUGGUCGCGCUCUUGGUGUCGCUACUCUUGUUCGUGGCCCGCCGUCGCCACGGAUAUUGGCAGAGGAGGGGUAUUCCCCACGAUGUGCCCCACCCACUGUUCGGAAACAUAAAGGACUGGCCCAAGAAGCGGCACAUCGCAAAGAUUUUCCGGGACUACUAUCUGAAGUACAAGAGCUCGGACUAUCCGUUCGCUGGAUUCUACUUCUUUUUCACCAAAACUGCUGUGAUUACCGACUUGGAAUUGGUCAAGAGGGUGAUGAUCAAGGACUUUAAUCACUUCGAGAACCGCGGCAUCUUCUACAACGAGAUCGAUGAUCCACUUUCGGCCACCGUGUUCAGCAUUGAAGGCCAGAAGUGGCGUCACCUAAGGCAUAAACUAACGCCCACCUUUACGUCCGGGAAAAUGAAGAACAUGUUUCCCAUUGUUGUGGGGGUUGGAGAGGAAUUGGAUAAGGUCUUCAGCGGCAAAAUCACCUCCGGUCAAGGCCAAGUUCUGGAAAUUGUGGAUCUAGUGGCCCGAUACACAGCUGACGUAAUCGGCAACUGCGCCUUCGGUCUCAACUGUAACAGUCUGCACAAUCCAAGGGCGGACUUUGUGACCAUUGGCAAACGGGCGAUCAUCGAACGUCGUUACGGAGGAAUGCUGGAUUUCAUUCUUUUCGGAUUCCCAAAGUUAUCUCGCCGCUUGCGCCUCAAGUUGAACGUUCAGGAAGUGACGGACUUUUACACUAAAAUUGUAAGGGACACAGUGGACUAUCGGUUGAAGACCAAGGAGAAGAGGCAUGACUUAAUGGACAGCUUGAUCGAAAUGUACCAAAAAGAGCAGGCUGGAAACUCAGAGGAUGGCCUGACCUUCAACGAGAUACUGGCCCAGGCUUUUAUUUUCUUUGUGGCCGGUUUCGAGACGAGCUCUACGACCAUGGGAUUUGCCCUCUAUGAACUGGCUCGUAACCAGGAUAUUCAGGAUAAGGUCAGGAAGGAGAUCUAUGAUGUUCUGGGCAAGCACAACCACCAGUUCACCUACGAGGGAAUCAAGGAGAUGAAGUACCUGGAGCAGGUUGUGAUGGAAACCCUCCGCAAGUAUCCAGUUUUGGCUCAUCUUACGAGAAUGACCGGGACCGACUUUUCCCCUGAAGACCCGAAGUACUUUAUUGCCAAGGGCACUGUCGUUGUGAUUCCAGCUCUUGGCAUCCACUAUGAUCCUGACAUAUAUCCCGAACCCGAGAAAUUUAAGCCAGAGCGUUUUACGGAGGAGGCAAUCGCUGCGAGACCCUCGUGCACCUGGCUUCCAUUUGGCGAAGGUCCUCGGAACUGCAUUGGACUUCGAUUUGGGUUGAUGCAAGCCUGCGUGGGACUGGCCCACCUUAUCAGAGGCUAUAAGUUUAGUGUUGCCCCAGAGACGCAAAUACCUAUGAAGGUUGUCGUGAAAAACAUACUUAUAUCCGCCGAAAAUGGAAUUCACCUUAGAGUCGAGAAGCUUUCCAAUGUUCUGAAGAUGGCGGUUCUGCUUGGUUUGCUGGUCGGUGCCUUAGCCCUCGCCGCCUGGUGGGUGCUUCAAAACUACACAUACUGGAGGCGACGGGGUAUUCCGCACGAUCCGCCCCACAUUCCUUUCGGCAACAGCAAAGAACUCUGGCGGACAAUGCAGUUGGCGCAGAUCCUCAAGAGAACCUACUUGAAAUUCAAGAACCAGACCGACGGACCUUACGUGGGCUUCUACCUCUAUGCGAUGAAAUACAUAGUGAUCACCGACAUUGACUUUGUGAAGACCGUGCUGAUACGGGACUUUGACAAGUUUCACGAUCGUGGAGUCUACCACAACGAAAGGGACGAUCCAUUGACCAGUAAUCUGGCGACUAUGGAGGGCGAAAAGUGGAAAAACUUGCGUCACAAGCUGACCCCUACCUUCAGGCCUGGAAAAAUGAAGAACAUGUUCCCCACAGUUCUAAGCGUUGGCGAAGAACUGAUUCGGGUGAUUGAUGAGAGAAUCUCAAGCUCACCACAGACCCUGGAAGUCACCGAUCUCGUGGCCCGUUUCACAGCGGAUGUGAUUGGAAUUUGUGCCUUUGGCCUGGAAUGCAAUAGUUUAAGGGAUCCCAAGGCGGAGUUUGUCCAAAUGGGCUACUCAGCUCUCAGAGAACGACGUCAUGGUUGGCUGGUGGACUUCCUAAUCUUUGGAGCCCCGAAACUAGCUGUUAAACUGGGACUGCAGCUCCUACUUCCACGGGUGCAGGUAUUCUACAUGAGUAUUGUAAGCAACACCAUAGAUUAUAGGGUUAGAAACGAGGUAACCCUGAACGAUUUAAUGGACCUGCUGAUUGAAUUGAAACUAAAGAGCGAUAAUGGCGACAGGCAAACCGGACUAACCUUCAAUGAGGUCGCUGCCCAGGUCUUUACUUUUUUCCUGGCUGGUUUUGAGGCGGGCUCCACCACCAUGGGCUUUGCCCUGUAUGAGUUGGCCUGCAAUCAGGAUGUACAGGAAAACGUUAGGACUGAAGUGGAUAGGGUCCUAAGGGAGCACAACGGAAGACUGGACUACGACAGCAUGCUGGAGAUGACGUAUCUGGAUAAGGUGGUUAAUGAAACCCUCAGAAAACAUCCUGUGGUUGCCCAUUUGGUUCGCAUCGCAACUAAAUCGUAUGUCCACAGCAGUCCUAAGUAUUCCAUAGAACCCGGCACUGGGGUUAUGGUGCCCAUUUUGGGCAUCCACCAUGAUCCCGAGUUUUAUCCGGAGCCGGAGAAGUUCAUCCCCGAGCGCUUCGAUGAGGAGCAGAUUAAAAAGCGCCCUGCCUGUGCUUUCCUGCCCUUCGGAGCUGGUCCUCGGAAUUGUAUAGGAUUUCGCUUAGGACGGAUGCAGGUCAUAAUUGGACUGGCCCUACUCAUCCGCAAUUUCAGGUUCGAAUUGCAUCCCACGAAGACUUCAGUUCCCAUCAAAUACAAAAUCAAGAACCUUCUUUUGAGCUCCGAGGGCGGUAUUAGUCUUAAUGUCAGUAAGGUAGUCAGAGACUAAACGUUUUUAAAGUAUGUUAUAGUUUUUUUUAAUGUUGUUCAAAUAAUUUAUGAUUUUGUUAAUUUUGUUGUAUUUAUAAAUAUAUUGAGCCCCAAAGGGCAGGUCUUCAAAAGUGUA